CUGAGGCUCACCGAGGGCGCCGCCGGACGCGGCUUUGUCUGUUGUAUUUUCGUUGGCACGGCACCCGGUACCGCAGCCGCGGUAUACCGAAGCCACGCAAUCCGAAGGAAAGGUCAGCACGGCACCGCCGCAUUCGACGACUUGUGCAAGACAGCCGCGCAAAUUGCUGGGACACCUGAUCCGCGCUCGGUCCUUUUAUCGGCCACGCGAUUCUUAUCAGCCACGCGAGCCUUUGUGGAAUAUAUACUCCGUGUCCCAAUUCGAUUUGAAUACCCUGUAAUAUAGGAUGAACUCGCGAAUGGAUCAUCGGGAAUACCAUCGGCAAAUGCAAGGCUGAAUAAUGCACUGUGCAGUGGUAAUCUCGCGCUAUCAUUGUUAUGACGUAGCCCGAGAGGAAGGAUGCAGCACGGUAAAGGCGGAUAGAAGACACGGAACGCUUGAAAAGGUGCAUGUUCAGUGUGCGCAGACUGACGUCUUGCUUUUACACGGUAAAGGUGCACGGCUAUAAUAAGAAGCAGAAGUGGAGACGGACACGUGUGCGGAAGGAGACGCGGUCCACCUCCGGCCCGCCAUCCUGGCGGCAUGGUCCUUUGGGCCACAAUACUAAUCCUUCAAGGAGCUGGAUUUGUAGGCUCGGUGACAGGCAUUCCCGGCGUUCCGGAAAACAUAACGGUGAUGUUCCUGAACCCAACGUCUGUGCGCGUGUCUUGGAGCACCAGCCAGGUCGAGCAGGUUGAGAAAUACGACGUCACGUAUAAGCCAACCGAUGCCAGUUACAGGGUGGUGGCGGUGGUCGCGGGAAAUAGUGAAGCAGUCACCUUGAGCGGCCUUCGGGCUGACACGCAAUAUCAACUGGUCGUAACCGCCGUGAGGGCCGGAAAGAAGUUUCGAAGCCGACCGAUCGUCUUCCGUACACUCGGUAAGCUUUGCCUUCCUAAGCUUUACCUGUCUCCGGCAUCACGGUCACAUGUGACAGAGCCACCACGCACGUCCCCGCAGCAAGAUGCAGCGGUAACCGGUGGUCCUCUUCCUCCACCUCCACCAUCCUCGCAACAGCCUCAACCGUAUAUACAAAUCCGCGGCGUCGAGGUGGGCAUAGUAGUGUUAGUGCUGAUAGUCUGGGCGGGAGCGAUAGCUCUGUUCUUCAAUCGCUGGGGCAAGAUACGCAUGCUGCUGCCAUACCAGCCCGAUUACAAGGAGCAACUCAAAGUUCCUGGCACCGGCGUGUGUGCGGCUGCAAACGCCGCGUACACGCAGCAUCCGACGCAGCACGCGUGCUCUCAGCAUCUGCACUGGUCGAGCCAUCACGUGGACUCCUUAGACAGCGGCGGAGCUUUAGGCUGGCCGAGAACCUCGAGGCCGCGCGUCAACAGUGCCAUCGACGUGGCCGGCUUCCUAUCGCAGGAAUUUCUGCGACGCCACGGGUCCACGUCCAAAUUGUGUCGUAAGGUUCGCAGUGCAGAUAAUUUACCUCUUGCGUCAACAAAUCGCCAGGAUCCUCGAAGGAACUCCAAGGACGACAGUACCGAAGGCGACCGGGAGUCCUUUUUGAAGCCAAAUCAAGACGACAAGUCCGAGGAUCAGGACUCAAGGAGGCAGAGUAGUCUUGAGAGUGCAACGAAGGACAAUACGGAAACAUCGCUAUUGGAUCCUAGUCAUCAGCAGUCUUCUUCAAGGGACUCUCCGGUAGCAUCUUCGUCGUUAGUCACUAGACGUUUUGGGGGAUGGCGCACCGGCGGAAGCCACGAGUACGUCAGAUGCCCCGUGCGACAGCCUGCUUCCAUGGACGAGCGGUGUUAUCGGCGAUCGUACGAGUCCGAUGUCACUCGUCCACUACGACACCAUCAUUAUCACCGACGCGCAGAUAUCGAGCGGCACACGAAAAGCUGCGAGUAUGCGAAACGGGCAGCUACGGAGUCGAGCAUCGAGGUCCAACACUUCGGUCUGCCGAUCCUGAGUGUAAGCGAGCCUAGCCCGCCAGAUGAGAGCGAACGCGUCGACGAUUACUUGUAGGACUUGCUUGCCGAGGACUUCCUCAAGGAGCUCCUCGUGUGAUCCGCUGCGAUCUCGCCCUUAGUCUUCAUCCAGCGACUUUCUCCCAAGUCGGGACCCGGACAUUUUAUUCUCCCGUUGUCGAGUUGCCGCCGUGUUGACCCGGGACCGACGGUGCCAUCGCGACUUCCCAGGAGAUCGCGAUAGGUACACGUAAGUCGGAAUAAAACGGGAGAGCGCGGGUUUCUCGAUCGCGUGCGCUCUAUCCUUGUUCGUUAUAAGCGAUACUUUCACGCGUACUUAUCUUAGAAGAAUUCAGAAGUCAUGAAUAUAUUUGCUACUUGUAAUAUAGGAACUGCGCAAGAGUAAUCGAACUUGUGUUUGAUCCGAACUUUGCAUAUUUCUCAGCGUUGGUAAACGGUUUCAUACUGCAUAGAUCUUUAGAUCCACGUCUCUUCUUUGAACAUCCUAAAGAUCUUUUCAAGACGUCUCUCGAAUAAAAUGUACUGUGUGAAGUAUAAAUGCUAAAUAUCAAUUAACUUUCAACAUAAUGGAUCUGCUCGAUAUACAUUUUUCAAUAUUUUAAAAUCUCCCUAAAAAGAUCAAUCUGAUGUUACAUAUGUAACAUAUGUAUGAUGUAGAUAUUAAAAAAUAUAUGUGCAUAUUUAAAUCUGUGUCCUUUUAUAAUGUUUCGAGGGAGAAGUAAGGUUCGGAUCAAACUUGACCAUCCUUUGUAUCGUAUUUUAAGAUGUAUGUGGCUUGGUGGAUAAUUUCGUUACCUCUCGAUAUUAUAAAUGUGGAUUAAUACUAAUUUGAGACAGUAAGAAAUCAGAGUUGAAUUUUCAUAAAUUAAAAUCAAAUUCACUGCAUAUCUUUACUUAUGAUGGAAUAUCUUGACG